CUCUAGACCCUUCAAUUUCUCGUCAAAAUAUCUAUCCAUCUUUGCCAACCAAAAUCUACAAACAUAAACACACAAAUUAUCCCUCAACUUUCUUAUUCAUAGCAACCACAAAACUCUAAAAAAAACCUCCCUAUAAACAAAAAUAAAAGUUGGAAGAGAUUUUAUCAUUAUUCUAUAACCUUUUCUUUCUUUUUUAAAUCAAAACAUAAAUUUUACUUUUGCGACAAAGAUUUGAAAGAAAGAGAUGAGGAACGAAACGGGUGGUACCAUGGUCGUUGAUCUCCAAGCCGAUCCAUAUACCAUUAAUCACCAUCCCUACGAUCUUUGCGACAAUGGUCGCAAACCGAGGUCAUUGAAAGCUGACCACGACGGAAUAUGCCCUCCUGAAGAUCCCAGCAUUAAUAGUGACACCAACCUAACUCACCAGCGGUUUAGCAGCGUCUCAUCAUCGAUCAUGAGCAUCGGUCCGAACAGCGGAGAAGGCUCUCCUUGCGUAAUGUCUCCUUGGGCCCGUGUGUCGCCACCUUGGCCUGCGGAUUUUAAUGAAGACAAUUCUUUAGAGACCAUUGGUCUCAUUGGCUCUAUUGUACGUGAAGAAGGGUAUAUAUACUCGCUAGCCGCUUCUGGUGACCUUCUCUACACGGGCUCGGACUCUAAGAACGUUAGGGUUUGGAAGAAUUUGAAAGACUACGCCGGGUUUAAAUCAAGAAGUGGGCUCAUUAAGGCUAUUGUGAUAUGUGGAGACCGGGUCUUUACCGGCCACCAAGAUGGUAAGAUCCGGAUUUGGAAAGUUUCUACAAGAAAACCGGGUAAACACAAACGGGUUGGAACGUUGCCAACGUUUAAAUCGAUGGUCAAGACCACCGUGAACCCUAAGAAUAUCAUGGAGGCACGUCGUAAUAAAAACUCCAAGAAAAAGAAGCAUAAGGACGCUGUGUCGAGUCUUAGCAUGGACGUGGAGGUUGGUUUGUUGUACUCGAGUUCUUGGGAUAGGACGAUCAAAGUGUGGAGAAUCUCGGACUCAAAAUGUUUGGAAUCGAUACAAGCGCAUGAUGACGCGAUAAACUCGGUGAUGUUCGGUUUUGAUGACUUGGUGUUCACGGGAUCUGCGGAUGGUACGGUUAAAGUGUGGAAACGUGAUAUGCAAGGCAAAGGAACUAAGCAUGAGUUGGAACAAGUUUUGCUCAAGCAAGAAAACGCGGUAACCGCAUUGGCUGUGAUACCGAAGUCUUCUAUGAUAUAUUCCGGUUCCUCGGACGGUUUGGUGAACUAUUGGGAACGUUCGAAAGGUAUAUUCAUCGGUGGAAUACUCAAAGGGCACAAGUCCGCCGUGUUAUGUCUAACAGUAGCGGGGAACUUGUUAUUGAGUGGGGCUGCUGACAAGAACAUAUGUGUCUGGACGCGGGACCCGUCUGAUGGGUCUCAUCAAUGUGUGUCUGUUUUGACGGGGCACAUGGGACCGGUUAAGUGCCUAGCCGUGGAGGAGGAACAAGCUUACCGUAAAGGAGCAAAAGCAUCUGCGGAUACUGAGGGAGACAGGAAGUGGAUUAUAUAUAGUGGAAGUUUGGACAAGUCGGUGAAAGUUUGGCGCGUGUCGGAUAGGAUGGGGACGUGGAGGGAAGUGGACGAGCCAUCAGCAAGCGCGUGGAGUUCAUGUGAUUUGGGAAAAUAAAAAGGAGUGUAUUGGAGUAUAGUGUGAUUAUUUACGAAGAUGUGUAUCACUAUCAGUCACGAUGACCAUCGUCACGACCGGGAAAGAGUGGAAGAAGUGAGUUUCAAUAUCAUGACGUAGUUAACGAAGAAGUCGUUUGGGCUAAGUCAGCUAGU